UCAGCUGGCCUGUUUUUCCCGGAGCUUCUCUCACUCUCUCACACACAUACAAGUUAGUUGCUCGGCGUCGCUUCGUCUCACUCCGGCUCUAACCGGGUCUAGUUGCUUAACUUUAGUGGGAGAUUUACUAACGAAGCGCGACAUCACGUUAGUUUGAUUAACCGUAAGGAUGUAGCGACUAGCAGGACGGUUGGUUUCAGCGUAGCGUGUUACGUUAAAUCAUCGCUGGAAGUUUUAUUAAACCGGAUUGUAGAAACAUUAUGAUAUGGGACAAAGGCAGAUUUUAUCACUAAAAGCGUCCAUGAAAGGUAAGGCCACCUCUGUGUGUCGACUGGACGCGGAUUCUGUGCUAAAGAAGGAAGUUGAACCCGGCCAAGGAGAUGCCCUUUCCUCAGCAAGGUACGGUCUGGGCCGUGGGGUGAAGCGUAAGCUGAACAGCGACUCUGAGGAGUCCGCACUGGACCUCCCGUACCCCCAGCAGAGACAGCUGGUGCUGGACCUGUGUCUGGACAAACUGCAAAGCUGCCAUCGGUGCGUUGAGCCCAGCCUCCACCGCUCGGUGCUGCUGGCCAACACGCUGCGCCAGAUCCAGCUGGAGAUGAGGCUGGAGGGCGGAGACGCGCCGCCUCCCAGUUCACCUACUCGGUUUCCUCCUCCCACCCCACGCCACGCCCCGGAACUCCCAUCCGUACCCGUAGACCCUUCGCCACUUCUUCCUCUCUCCGCACCCAUGUCCACAUCAUCCUCAUUAGAGCUGACACCCGCCGGGAGUAAACCGGCACUCCCGGGCGAGCCGGACCCGAAGAUGCCCGAUUCGCUUUUCGGCACUUUCGAGAUCACAAACUCCACCAGCUACCUGACGGACCUGCCCCUCGACGACAUCUUCGAGGACAUCGACACAUCCAUGUACGACUCAUCAGAGAUCUCGGUCCUGACGUUCUCCGCCCCGAGAGAGGACGCGCUGAAGAACCUGUCGAACCUGCAGCUCUGCCUGGCCGACCUCAGCGACCUUGACAACAUCAUGGACAUCCUGGUGCGCUCCUGAACCCCCGCCGCUACUUCGAGACAUCGGCAAAAUCCACACUGAAUGAAAUGUUUAAAAGAAGUUAAACCUUUUCUUUUUUUAUUAUUGUAAUUUAAUCUAUUUUUAUACAGAGAACUGAUAUUUAUAAGAAAACACACAGACUGUAGGAGGCACAUUGGUCCUGUCCUUAUUUGAGCAGAGACGUGUACGUAUAUGCAGGGACGACGACAACGAACUGGAGUGUGAAGAAGUAUUAGCACCACUCGAUGCUUUCUUAUUUAUAACAGACUUUGUAAAUAUGACGUGCAGCAGAUUGCUUUUGUGGAGAAAGAGCUUUUAUUUAAUUUUUAUGAACGAACCUGAUCCUGUGAGUAUUUCACGAGCUUUAUACAAUAUAAACCUAUAUUUUAAUCAGUGAUUACGACCGACGGUGACAUGCACACACUCACACUACCUCUCAACAACCAAGAGCAAUCUGCCUCCUUUAACUUCCUUUUUAUUUCUUAUGAUAUUUUAUUAAAAUUUUUUUUUGUUAUUCUUUCACACAUCACUCCCAGCCUGCUCUGAGACAUCCGGUCCUUCUAAAUUUUUACAAAGAAUUACAUUUUGGUGUGCGUGUGUAUAUAGGUAUUUGUCCCCCCCCUCCCCCGACUGUCAGACCGCAUCACGAACUUUAGUGCCUACAAACGGAGGAUGAAGACUAGCGAUGGCGGACAUGCACACUGUGGACACACACAGACUUCCUUAUUUCUGUUUUUCACUAUAAAUCCCAGUCUUCUAAAUAAGCCAUGUUUUGCAAAUACGCAAUCUAUUCUGAACCCUUAAGACACUACGGAGGAAUCCCGGCCUCGGAUCCGCGCUAAUCGGACGCUUUCUCAGACUUUUGUGUAAAAUGUUUCAAGUAUGAUUUAUUUUAUUUUCCACGGGACGGUGUGGUGCGGAGAAAGAGUAAUUAGACACGCUUUUCACACAGGGCUAACAAAAUCAAUGCUGGGAAAUGUGGGCGGAGCUAAAUUGUGCAGUUCAUCAAUUGGUCGAGUGAUUCUAAUGUAAAAUCCACAUUGUUCAAAA